UUUCAAAGCGCUUGUAGUUUUUCGAUGAUCCAGAGUACGGCGUUUCAUCUGGCGACGGCGCGAACCCAAGACCAAGAGCAGCAACCACACACUCGCUCGCCCACUCCGAAUCCUGUUGGGAAACGGAACCCUCGUAUGGUAAAUUCACACUGCCGAGGGAGUUGAUUGUGGGGAAAGCUUGAGAGAAGGCUCUCCAGCUUGAGUAGAAAUCUAUCCAGCCCUAAUUUGAGUCGAACGUCACUGCGAUCUAUCUCAUGGAGUCGCCGACGCCGGUUUCGCGAUACAUCGCGAGCUCAAAGAAAAGGGUUUUUCCCGCCGGAAGCUCUUCGUCGGCGUAUAAAGACGCUGAGGUGUUGGAAAUAUCGCCUCCGGCUAACCGAACAUCGAUGCCACCCAUGUCGUCCAAACAAAAAGAGGUUAUUCAUAAUGAAAUAAUAGAUGUUGACAUGGACGAUGACCCUGAAGAAAUUAUGUUGACUGAUGGUGAAUUUGAUCCAAGUGGCAAAGGCAAGGAAGUGUUGCACCAUACUUUCGCUGAAUUCAACAGUUUAUUAACUGGCGAAUCUGAUAGUAAUAUUCCGAUGCCAAAUUAUGGUGUUGCUGGCUUGCAUGAUUCAACCUACGUUGACGACUACAGCCCUGAUUUAUUCUAUGAAGAGGAUGAAUGGAUAGAUACCUAUUAUGAGGACAUACUGUUCGAUGAUUAUACUGUGCUAGAAUCACAGUUUGAUCAUAUGGAUAUUCCACCUGGAGUGGAGGCACCAUUCCCAUGGUUUCCAAGUUCACCUGGAAGUGAUUCCAAGGCAUUACCAAGCAGCGCUCCAAGUAGUACUGGCUCACUACUUCAUAUGGAUACUGCUGAUCAUGCUUCUAACCCAUACUGUCCUCAACCCUCAUUUCCUCUGAAACACAUCCAAAUAGGAAACCAAUCAACUCCACGGAUCAAAUCCGUCGGCAGUACUCAGUUGAAUGUUGACAGACAACAUGCAAAGGAGAAGCUGCUAACUUCUAUAUGGAAGGAGCAUAGUAUGGGUCUAAAGAAUCCACCUACUUCAAGUAGCACCUCCAAUUCCUUUUCACAAUACUCUAAGGCUCCGUUUCCUCAUAAGCAUGGCAAGGAUGUUUUGCAGAGUUUGUCAAAGAUUAAAAAGAAGUCUCGUGCAUUCCACCCUAUUUUGUACAAUCAGCCUCCACCCUAUGUGAGUAAUAUUAGCAGUCCCAAUAGCCAUCCUCCUUUGAGCAUUCCAACAACGGCACCUGGACAGGGAAAUUAUAUGCCUGUUUGGAAAGAUCCCCUAAAUAUGUUUGAACCUCUUCUGGGCUCUUCUGAAGUUUAUCCUGGUGGACAAUUCUCAAGCUGGACACCAGAUCCUGCCAUUGAUCAAAAGGGUGCACCUCCUAUGGAUACUUCACUGACCCUCACAGUAGAGCCAAGAAAUAUGGAUCAAAUUCUCCAGAACUUUGACUCUUUUAAGAAGUUUGAUACUGUUGAAGAUUAUGACGAUCACCACUUCUCUAAAAAUGGUUCUUCUGCGAAACUGGCUCCAAAAACUUGGGCCAAGAGAAUACAUGAAGAAUGGAAGAUUCUGCAAAAGGAUUUGCCUGACAAAAUUUUUGUGAGGGUCUAUGAAUCGAGGAUGGAUCUUUUAAGAGCUGUGAUAGUAGGGGCAGAUGGAACACCGUACCAUGAUGGCCUCUAUUUCUUUGAUGUCUUCUUUCCGACCAGUUAUCCCAAUAUCCCCCCUCAUGUCUAUUACCAUUCCGGUGGUCUCCGAAUCAAUCCUAACUUAUACAAUUGUGGAAAAGUGUGCCUCAGCCUUCUUAACACCUGGUCGGGUAGCCAAAAGGAGAAGUGGCUUCCUGGCACAUCAACUAUGCUACAAGUUUUGGUAUCCAUACAGGGGCUGAUUCUGAAUGCCCAACCCUACUUUAAUGAACCUGGGUAUGCGACUUUAAGUGGUUCUGCUAGAGGAGAAGAGCGAUCUUUUGACUACAAUGAAAAAACAUUUAUGCAUUCCCUGCAAACUAUGGUUUACAGCAUGAGAAGGCCUCCCAAGCAUUUUGAGGACUUUGUUAUCGGGCAUUUCUGCAAGAAUGCCCGUGACAUUCUGGUGUCGUGUAAGGCCUACUUGGAAGGGGCCCAGGUGGGCUGUCUUGUGAAAGGCAGUGACAUUCAAGAUGUGAAUGAAGGCGACAAGAGCUCCUCACACCGGUUCAGGAGCAAUUUGGCUCGGUUCAUCCCUGUUCUGGUAAAUACAUUCUCCCAGAUUGGAGCCCAGGGGUGUGAAGAAUUUCUUUCAUUGGCCUCGAAGGCAAAUGUGCCUGCUCCUGCUACUGCUCCUGCUCCUGCUCCUGCUAAUGCCUCCUGGGUAACCCCAAACUUUCCCUUAAAUUAUUGAUAGCACAAUUUUGUGACAUGUGAGGUAUGCGCACUCCUACUCUAGGGUAUUAUUAUUAUUAUUAUUAGUUGGCUUGGGAAUGCAUAAUCAUCGGUCAUAUUCAACAAUAAACAUGUGUAUAAGUGGAUAUGAUUCUAGGUGUGCAUUUUCCUCCUAAUUCUUGGUGAUAAUUGCAGAGACAAGUUAUGCUACUUUGUUCC